AUGAAGCUGUAUUCGAUAUUAAUCUAUCACAAAGGUGCAGAUGGAACUGUGCGGUCGUUCAAAUCUGCCUUCGAUCUCUCUUCAUUUAGCUUCUUUCAGAGAGGAUCUGUACAGGAGUUCAUGCAGUUCACUGGAAAGUUACUCGUGGAACGUUCAGGGCUCGGUGCCCGCAGCACUGUAAAGGAAAAUGAGUACUUUUGUCAUUGCUAUGUGCGUUCUGAUGGAUUAGCAGCAGUGUCAGUGACCGACGGAGAAUAUCAGGGGGCGGAAGAGCUUAGUGAAAAUGCUCGUGUGGCGAUGAGCAUGAUGACGAGGGUAUUAGACGACUUCAGUGCAAAGGUUCAUGCUGUUCAAUGGGAAGAAGUAGAAGAGACGAAAAUUGUUAUGCAUAAUACUAUACAAUCGGUGCUCGAACGAGGUGAGAAGUUCAAACCUAUUUAA